AUGCACCCUCUUCUGGACAAUGCUAAUAGUAUUGGUAAUGCAAUGACUUCAACUGAUCAAUCAAGCACUGAUUUGCUCGACUUCCUUUUUGGAGGUUAUGAUAAAAGAAUUCGCCCCUUCUCGGAUCAACAACGCCCUGUAAUUAUUGAAAUGACUAUUGUGUUGGCAAUACUUACAGAAUUGAAAUGGAAGGAUCCUCGUCUUAUUUGGGAUCCAAAAUUAUUUUCUGGCCUAAAACAAAUUGUAGUACCCCAUUCAACUGUAUGGCUACCCAAAAUGUUUAUUUACAAUUCUAUGGACAACAAGGAAAUGCUCACAGAAAAUCGUUUUGAUAUCAGAAUUAGUAGUGAUGGGCAUAUAAAGGCUAAUAUUCCGCAUUAUUUAUUCCCAUUUGACACCCAAUUCUGUGCUAUCGCGCAAGCGUCACCAUUGCUUAGCAUACAAGAAAUGGAUGUUAAUACAACAAAGCCUCCAAAAGACUCCUAUUUUUCUGGUAAUGCCGAAUGGGAAUUAUUAAAUGUUACUGUGAGAGCUACAAAAUUUAUGGAGGAUGGUGAGGAACGUGUUGAAGUCCAUUACAUAAUUCAUUUACGUCGUAGACCUGUUUAUUACAUUACCGUGAUAGUUGCACCGACCUUCCUGAUUUCUGCAUUAAGCAUUUUGGGGAUAUUCACGCCUGGUACGAAUGAUGGACCUCGUGGAGAAAAGGUAUCUCUCGGACUUGGCUCACUUCUAGCGAUGUCUGUACUUCUGGACAUAGUUUCAGCAGCGAUGCCUAGAUCAAACUCGAUACCUCUACUUGGCCAUUAUAUUAUUUUUACAAUUGUUUUGUGUGCGGUAGGUGUUGGAGUUAGCAUGUUACUGUUGGCUAUGUCGAGGCAUUUUAUUCAAAGUGGGGAAUUGCCGUCAGAAAAGCUUUAUAGAAAUUUAUUACUCAAUCCUUACCAAGAAAAACACUACCACACUUCUGCAUUUUCUUCCGCCUACAAAAACUAUAAAGACAGUCGAGAACCUCUAAAUAACAAUUGUGAAUUGGAUUAUUACACAAAUAAUAACAACAAAAAUGGGCAGCCAAACAAUUUUAUUUUAAAACCAAAAAUUUCCUACGAAUUUCAAACGAUACAGUCACAACUACAAAUUAUUGUAGAUGCCCAAAAAAAGUUUAGAGAAAAAAUUGAAAUGCAUAAGGAGAGACAAAUGAUCCAAAGAGAGUGGAAUCGAGUAUUUGCCAGAUUUGACUACCUCUUCCUUUUUAUAUUUUCUGGAGCUAAUUUACUAUUUUUAAUUUUGUUUUUGCGCUAUAUGUGGCAUCCGGCAGCAGAAUUGCCUGUUGAUUUUGGACUUUAA